GGCUACAUCAGGUGUGUGAGUUUGUUGUUGGCCCUCUUGUGUGUCACUCCUGUCUCUCCAUUCUGCAAAAUCUGUAGGCUACUGUCGUCAACAACAUGGCAAGGAACGGAGGGAGUGGGAAGUGUCUUGUCGCUGAUGUUACAUCCAAAUUUGCUGAAAAACCUUGGAACGAAACAUUCCAGCUUGUCCGACGGUGCAUGGGCAAAUUCAGAAUAGAUCCCAUAUCUAAACCUUUGAGUGGUUGUCUCCAGAGGCUACAGGAAGCUCUGAAUGUGUCCUCGCUGAAUGCCAUGGUGUCCAGGUUGGAAGUCAUUGCCAAACAGAGAGGGCUAGGCUCGCACCUGAGCCCCACAGAGACGGCCUGUUACCUCACAGCAGACCUGUUCUAUUUGGAGGUGCUGCUCAAGCCUGAUGGUGGCGUGGAUGAUGUAAAAGUAGCCCUGCAUGGUGAAGCCCCAGUGUCCAACAAGUUACUGCUUCAGCUGUUGAGGCAGAAGUUGUUUGAUGACUUCUCCACAAAGCUGGAUGACCUGUCAUCCCUCUAUAAUAUCCCUGGUGACAAUGAUGUAAAGGUUAAGGUAUGUACGGCUCUGCAGUUCAUGGAGAAGGACUUGCUUACCAUAUCGCAUAUGCCCAGAUCUUUAAAAGAAAAUGAUGUCUACAUUGACACUGUUUUGAAUGGGAGAGUUGGAAAGAUCGUGCCAAGCGGACCAGGAACUCCUAUGAAGAUCCAGUAUGCCAUCAGUCCCUCCAACAGGCUCUUACAGAGACAUUGUGGGGAUGUAGAUGGACUCACUCAGGAUGCUGUUGUGACGCUGGGGCCAAGAGAGGGCACACACCGAUUACAGCUGGCCUCUCUUAUUCCCUCCCCCCCUCAGACUGAUCCCCAAGGCUUCCCACUGUUUAGUCCGCUCGAAGAAGUAGCCUCUGAAUCUCUGCCUGCUACUUUCAUAUUGAGGCUGCAGCCAGCUGUAGGCCUGUGCUCAUCUGUGAUUCAACAGAUGGAGAAAAUCACAGAUGUCAAACCUGAGGCUGACCAGCAGUGGGCGCCCUUGUUGCAGCUGCUGAUAAGAAGCACAUUAGGAGAGAAAGGCUUCCAGGAAUCCUGGAAUCCUGGCAAAGACGCUAACUUUUUAGUGACCCUCCCAGGUAACCAGGUCCAUGGGUAUGCCCUGUCUGGCCCUGCAUGGAGUGGGUCAGCAUGGGAAGGAGCCCUUAUUGACGCCAUACCUUUCACCCAUCCUGCUCAUGUGCCUCUGCUCCUGGAGCUUCUCCGCUAUCAGUCAGCGCUCAAUAUGCUCUUGGCCAGCUGCAUCAAAGGUCAACAGCACUACCCAGGAACAUCAUCUGAUCUGUACUGUGAGGUUCUUCCAGAGUCUGACUCGAGCUUCUCCAUAACGUUUCUUCUUCCUGGAACUAGCUCUCUGGCUGUUUUGUUGGUGACUGUAGUAGACAUCCGCCAAGUGUGUUGCCAGCUGUUUGCGCCUACGCUAAUUGAUGCCGACAUGAAUGACUACAUCUCUAGGGUUAUGACACGGUGCAUGUCGAUUCCCAUAACCAUGCGGGCAAUAUACAAGCGUCUAAUCUUCACGGAUCCAUCCGGCACGACAUCUGACCCUGAAAUCAGUACUUCUCCACAUGAGGUGAACACGGCAGUCUCUGUCGUGGUGGACCACUCCCUUCCUCCAGCACCAGAUCUUCAUACUGGGUUAUCCGAAACGGAGAGUCUUGGGCCAUCAGAAAUGGUUAGCCAAACAGGAGAGCAUCCGGGACUAGUUCCCCAGAGUUCAAUCAAGGAGGAGGAGGAAGAGGAUCCUGCCAUGUGUGUCUCUCCCUCUCCUUGUUAUGUCAUGGCUGUGUCUUCAAAUCAAGAAGUGAGUGAUUCAAAUACAGAGGCUACUGCUAACCCUUAUCCCCUGUCCUCCGUGUGUGUAUUUCCACACUGGUCAGCCAGUGGGCAUGUAGCGGAGUUUGUAUAGCACUGGUCACAGGUGUGUGUGUGUGUGUGGAGGGGAUGGGGGUGCCAGUGUAAUAGUUGUUUUACUGGCAAAUGCCAGUGUAAUAGUUGUUUUAGAUAAAUUCCUUAAUAAAGAUAGUAGCUUGGUAUUAAA